UUUUUAUUAUAGUCGGUUUUACAUUUAAAUACUCUUUGAACAUUCUCUAACAUAACAGGGACAGAACAUCUACAGGAAGAAGCAAGAUCUCAAGAAUAUGUUAAUAAAUUUUUUGGACUGUAUCGAAAUUGUGGCACAAAUGCUUCAACACAUAUUGGAAAUAGCACUAUUAGCACAGAAAACAAUAUUUCAAAGAAUGAUAGAUCAUGGUCUUUUUUUGGAUGGUCUCUUAGUGGAAGACAUAAAGAAUCCAGAGAACUGGAUAUAGAAAAUGCGAAAAGUAGUAUGGAGGAAUUUAUAUUUACAGUACCCAGAGACCCAUAUUUAAGUCCUUAUCUUGCAGCAGACCAUCUUUUAGCACAAUUACCACCCGUUAAAAUGCUGACAUUAGAGUUGGAUCCAUGCCUGGAUGACUCUGUCAUGUUCGCAAGAAAACUUCGAUCGCUUGGUGUAUUAAUCACGCUUGACAUAUUGCCAGGUUUACCUCAUGGGUUUCUUAACUUAACACCAGUUUCAAAAGAGGCAUCUGAAGGGUCAGACUUAUGUGCGAAAAGAUUGCAAGAACUACUAACGCUAUAAUUAUAUGGAUAUAAAAAAUACUCAUUAAUAUAUGAAUGUUAAUAUGCGGGAACAAAAGUUUCUUUGCUAUUGUUGUUUUUCAGAUGCCAAUUUUAAUUGAUUUUCUAUGUACAAAGACACAAUAAUUUGCAAUAUGCCAAAAGCUUUAUCCACUGAUGCAUAAAUGUCAUAAGUGUGUUUCUAUCUACAUAUUUUAUAUUAUAUAUUUAUAUUUUAUUAAUGAUAACCACAGUAUUUAAAUAAUUCAAAUUCAAAUAAUCUCACGUUACUGUACUUAAGUGGUAAUAUCUUUGUAUUAGUAUUAUGUUUACUGAAUGUGCAUUUGCAAGAAAAGCGAAUUAGCUUUCAAUUUUCUACUCAGAAAAUAUUUAAAGAAUAAGACUAUAGAUAUAUUGAUUGUACAAAAUAUUUGAGAUUGUUUCAGUUCUGACCAUUAUAAUAUUUUUUGCAGCUAACACAAGUUAUUAAAUGUAUUAGAGAUAAAUAAAGUAUUAUAAAUGUAAUGUGAGUUUAGUGAAGUGGUAUAAAAGAGUGAUAUGUAUAAUGUUGGCAAUAACUAGAAAAUUAUAAAUUUUUGUUACGAGUAUUAAUAAUUUAUGCGAUUGUUAUGUUAUAUUGUUUACGUCGAUGUACAUUGUAUUUAUCAACUUUAUUAAAUUAUUUAUAAAACUCUAA